UUUGGAGAUGCUCUGUUCGGUCGUGUGGAUUGUUUCAAAGCGUUUCCCAUUCAGAAGUGCUUAGUAGGAAGUGUGCUCUAUCUUAGAGCUGUGAGGAAAAUAAUCUUAAACAUUAGAUCUUGAAUUUGAAUUUGUGUGGAAUAAUUGAUGAAUGGCAUCGUUCAAGUGUUUGCGUGAAUUAAUUGCGGAGUUAUGAUAAGAAAAUCACAAUUCUACAUAUGAACGGAGAUGAAACAUAUAAAUUCAAGGUGGGAAAUAAAUUUGCAAACAUCUGUCCCUUGAAGCUGUGGAUCAGUGCGAACCAAUAACACAACGGAGCAGCUGUUGGUGCGUGAUUGUGAAUUUAUGAAAAUAAUAAGGGCAAAACAACCGACACAACAAGUUCAUGAGUAUAUCAAAAAAUAAAAGUUAUGAUAAAUGUUUUGCCGCUCUACACGUGGGUGCCGUUUCUUGUAUUUGGUGCUCGGUGUGUUCGAUUCGAAGAUUGCGCUUUUUAUGAGCGGGGGUGUGUGUAAGCACUAACGAAUAAGUGGAAGCGAAUCUCCAAGUUUUUGCUUUUACGACGACGACGACGACGACGACUAGAAAUAAGUGUGUCACAUUUUAUCGCGCCAAGUUUGCCGAGAGCUGCUACAAUUCAUAAAAUAGGAAAGAAAUAAAAAUCGGUUGUUCCCAAAUCGCUGCAGUGGCUAUUUUGUAAUCGUAAAAUAUAUUCCGAGCGUAAGAUGGCAGUGAUUGGGAAGUGUACGCACAGUUAGUUUUAUCGGCAGCAUUGAGUGAACUCUGGUGAGUGAGUGGACAAAAUAUUGUGCGUCUCCAUGUUUGAGGAGAUUUAAGGAAAUUUCCUGAAAGCCAUAACGUAGCGGGAAACAUGAUUUCCUCCGGUGAGCUGCACGCGUCCAUUAAUCAAGCUGCAGUGUGAAACAAUUCGCGUCGAGUGCACCCAGACCGUUGCCUAUAAACUCAACGCAAGCACAAUGCACCGAACCGGUAAAUCUGAUACCUCUGGUGAGGACAACCUGUUGGAACCCACCAUUUCCGAGAGCAGCUCCGGUUGCUCCUCCUCACCGGCGCCCUCCAGUGCGGUCAGGUCGAAGCCUAAAACACCUAAACAUUUCACCAAAACGGGUAAUACUGCAAAAGUAGCCGAACCGAAACGUGCGAGUCCCACCAAGCGGCUCAUUACCACUGAUUACAGCGAUGAUCCUUGCAUGGUUGGCCCUAAACCGACUGAAACCGACGUGGCGGUGCAACUCCGGAAAGCGUUCCGAAUAGUGUAUUUCAUGCUAAUCGCGUUGGUGUGUUGCGUUUUCGGACUGUCAUACCUGGGCUUGAGUUAUGCUAACGGCCGGCUGGGGGUUGAGAUCAGCAAGCCAGUGCCGGAAAGUGCAAGUCAGCAGCAUGCAGCGCCGUCCCUCACCCGAUCCGAGGUGGAGGAAAUAGUGAGGAAGUAUUUGAAAAACAAUAUCGAUAAGUUCCGGCAGGAUUUGAUAGCGAACGUAAAAGCAUCAGCAGAAUUUGGCUCCAUCUUGCCUUACCUAGCAGCAAACCAGAGAGUACAAAAUGAACGGAAGUCCACCCAACCCCAGCCGAAGCGUGAACCUGUUAGAGCGAAAAGAGAUCUUAACUUGUUCGAUGAAAAUCUUGUGCCAGAUCAGGAGGGUCCCAAUGUGGAAUUCUUCAACCCGAAACUGCGCAGCGAACUGGAGAAGAAAGACGCGGAAAUUAUUAGGAAAACGGGCCAGAAAGGAGCAGCUCCUGGCGGGGAUAGCUGGGUCUGGCUAACGAGUUACUCUCGCAUUCCGUUCGACGCGAUCACGGGCUUCUGUCGGGCGACGAAGGAGUACUGCCCACCGGGUCCUCCCGGAUUGCCUGGCAUACCCGGGCCGAAGGGCAACCGCGGUGAUGUUGGCCUUCCUGGUCCAGCCGGCAUAGAUGGCCGUGAGGGAAAGCCUGGUCCUCGUGGUCCCAAAGGAGAGAUCGGAUAUCCCGGCAAUCCCGGGCUCGAUGGUAGAGAUGGUGUCCCGGGCGAACCGGGUCUGGAUGGUGUUCCGGGACGAGCUGGAGCCGACGGUAUUCCUGGCCGUGACGGGAAGGAUGGAACGCCCGGUAUCAACGGUCAGAACGGAAUCGAUGGAAAGAAUGGAAUACCCGGGCCGAUGGGACCAAUAGGACCACCCGGGGAACCAGGACCAAGAGGCCUUCACGGUCCACGAGGUAAGCCGGGGCGCUCGGGUAUCAACGGCACACCCGGAACGCCCGGCAUCAAUGCCUGGAAGAUUAAGGUCAACGAUACGUUCUCGAACGAGCUGCUCGUGCCACCUUCGAUUGCGGGAGCCGGCACACCGGAAGCAUUGCGUCCCAUCGUGGUCCAGGAAGGAACGCACCUAAGGCUUCGCUGUGCCGCCACUGGAACACCGAAGCCACACGUCGAGUGGCGCCGGGAGGACGGGAAAACAAUAUCCAACGGAGCAUGGCAAGCAUCAUCGAUGGCCGGUCACACACUCAACAUUACCAAAAUCAAUCGAGUACACAUGGGAGCUUAUCAGUGCCUGGCAGACAACGGAAUUCCACCGGCGGCGAACCAGACGUUUAACAUCGAGGUCCAUUUUCCACCGCUGAUACGUGUGCGCAAUCAGAUGAUUUACGCUACCAACGGUUCAACCGCUACCUUCGAGUGUGAGGUUGAAGCCUUCCCGGAAGCUCUUAAGUACUGGGAGCGCGUACCUGGAGGUCGCCUGCUAGAGCCCGGAGACAAAUACCAGAUGGAGACACACAAUGACGGAUACAAAUCGAUAAUGCGACUAAAUAUCACCAAUAUUCGUCUGCCGGACUUUGGCGAAUACCACUGCAUCGCCAAGAAUGAGCUGGGCAGAACGCAGGCAGAAUUCCAUCUGAUGGAGCACUCGCCGUACAUAAUUCAUCGCAAGGGCAGCUCGGCCGAGGCGCAAGAGUAUGGCAAGCAGCCUCCGAAGGUGGAAUCGUACGAGGAAAUAUGCGGCCCACCAACGACCUGUCCCGAGUGUCCCGAUCCCAGGGAUUUCAAAUGCAAAGAUACGAUUGUUUCGUUGUACGAUCUGGUCGGGAAUCUGGAAAUUAAACAAGCUGGAAAUGCUAGCUAUGCCGGGCUACCAAAUCGAACCACAGACUGUGUCUUAUACGCCGUGGGCAAACCGGUCUACCACAAGUAUACCGAUCAGAACUACGGCGCGUGGAUGAAGGAUGCUGCUCCGAGGAACGAUGCAGUCGAGAAGAAGAUUUGGGCCACCCGGGAGAACGACACCAGUCGAUUGUACGAGUUCGCCAAUAAGACUACUUAUCGUAACAACGUUUCCACUAAAACGUACCGAUUGGACAUACCGUUCCGGGGCAACGCUCACAUCGUGUACAACGGGUCUUUCUAUUACAACGAACGGAACUCGCCACGAAUCGUCAAGUAUGAUCUGAACUCGGAGGGGCAGACAGCUGUCAGGGUGAUCGAAGGUGUUACCACGAAUGGCUCCAACUUUCUAUACACGACCGAGUACAACUAUAUGGACUUCAACGUGGAUGACAAUGGCCUCUGGGUUAUCUACGGGACACCGCACUCCAAUAACACCAUCGUUGCCAAGAUCAACGAGUACAACCUGGACGUGCAGUACAGCUGGAACAUCAGCGUCAACCAUCACAAGGUCGGCGAAAUGUUUAUAGUGUGUGGUGUGCUUUAUGCCAUCGACUCGGUGACAGAGCGCAACACUAAAAUCAGACUGGCGCUGGAUUUGUACCACGGGAAACUGCUGGACGUUAGCUUGACGUUCACCAACCCGUUCCGGAAGACGACAUCGGUGGGAUACAAUCCGAAGAAUCGUGAGCUGUACACCUGGGACCGAGGCAACCAACUCACCUACCCGAUCAGAUACCACGUCAACGAUUACAACACAACUGCUGCCGACAAAACGGAAGACGCUCUGAAUCCCCAAAUGCAAACCGGGUACGAUAUUUUUCACGAUCAUGAUAACGGCCACGAUGGUAAUCAUUAGGAACUGGACGGCGCUAUGCUUAAUGUGAAUAUGUUGGUGCAAACCAAAAAUGCUUAGUUUGUAUUCCGAAAAAAAACUGGCAAAGCUUUUCCGUGCGUGAUUCGGUUUUAUUUUUCCAACCAAAUUGUAUAAGCCAAUGGUUAAAACAGAGAACGAAUAAAUCAUAUUUUUAAACGUCGUAUAUCUGAGGAUGUUUUGCUAAAAUAAAC